GAGCUCAGCACUGCUGGUUUUCUGAUAUUGGUUCGACUGACUCCAGGAGUCCAGUUGCAACGCGUUGCCUGGCGCUGCAGAGCAGUGGCUGGUGUCAGUGCCUGCAAAGUUUCCCUGCCGCAUGACGUCAACGGCCAAGGCUGGAAAUUUUUGCACUGUUUUCCUUGUUUGCCCUGUUUGCGCUGCUGUCAACGAAGCCCCUCGACAGAAGAAACACCGUGACCCCCCCUAACACGGCAGGCAUCUUUGUCUUUCCACUCUCUCCAUAGCCACUGUGUCAGACAUUCAAGUUCCUGAUUGUACCUUCACUCUCAGACGAUCCAGACUACUUGUGUAGCUUUCUCCCUGCAAACCCAAAAUGUCCGCGUCUCAGAUCCCUGCCGGCAAGACCUGGUUCGAUACUCACAAAGUGCACUUCCAAGACGUGCCCAUUGGCCCGGACGAUGGCAUCUCGACCACAGAGUUUCUCGACGCAUCCGAGGCGACAACCACGCUCUUCGACCUCUUGGGCUCGGUAGCCUUCACCCCGGUCAAGAACGAUAUGACAGGGAACAUAAACAAAGUCAGGGAGAGGCAGAAGGCCGCUCCUGAAGGGUCGCAAACGCUUCAAUCCCUGGCGAAGAACGAGUUGGCCUCGAAAUCCCACAAGGCCACGGAAGGACUACUAUGGUUGGUGCGGGGGUUGGACUUCACAGCACAGGCUUUGAGGGCGGAUCUCACCAACAAUGCAUCUGUUUCGGUCACAGAACAGAAGCCAGCAAAGGAGUUGGCCGAUGGAUUCAGAGCAAGCUACAAGAACACAUUGGCUCCAUACCAUGGGUUUCUGGUGAAGCCGAUUUUCAGUGCCGCUAUGAGCGCAACACCAUACAGAAAGGACUUUUAUGCCCGGCUGACUGGCGAGGGGGCGGAUCCAGAGGCGACCAAGCAGGCAUUGGAAACGUGGGUCUCCGCGUUGGAACAGAGGGUGGUUAUCUUGAAGACUUUCCUGGCCAGCAAGGAUGCCAAGUGGUAGGCUUCAAGCAUAGCUUGUACAGUGACUAAUGCUGGAGGGUGUACGGUGGCCUGUAUCUGAAAAAGAGCAAGCCGCGUGAUGCCAGACAGGCCGCCCUUCUGACGAUGAAUUGCAAAGGGCCGUUGAAAUAACAACAAACACGAAAUUCAUGAAACAUAAAAUGAGUUAAGUCCGUUUGGAAUCAGAUUAUGAUGCCGCUUCAUCUGGGUAGAGAGCCUCAAACCUGCCUGCGCAUCCGUAGAUUCCAACAGUCUAUCUGCAUCCGUGUCGUCUGCCAGUAGUAAAACUAACAUCUUGCUAGCUACGCCCAAUUGCGUAUACCCUUCAACGCCGGUCGCUAUGCACUUCACAGUCCAUCAAUGCAAAUCCAUAUGGUGAUUGACAGAAUUGUUUUCGUUCUAUGCAGCGCCCAAGUUGAGGCACCCAGGACUGUCAUUUCGGACAUCUGCCGGUUCUUUCUUCUGUCUUUCAAGAUACUCCUUGAGCUUCUUUUGCUUCAGCGACUGGUCACUGACUUGACCGUCAUCUCCGGCUCCAGAAGGCUCGAUGCUUCCUUUCAACGCCGGUGGAAGCGGCUUACCCUCCCUCGAGAGCCCGACCGCCUCAAACGCAGCCUCUAGUUCGUUGACCAGGCCUUGCGCGAUCUCCCUGGAGUCGGGAUUAUCCUGUUCCAACUCGAACUUUGCAUGGGCGUACAUGGUCCG